GUUUCUUGUAUUUAUAGUCUGUAGAUCCUACAACAGUUAUCAGUUCAAGAAUAGCUAUGAAGAUUAUCAUUCUGUUUUGUAUUUCCUGCGCUGUCUUCUCUACUUUAGGGGAAACCAAGAAAAUCAAUGAAGAUCAAUCGCUUGCCGUUGAACUGGCUUACGACUUGGACAGGGUUCCGAGGGCUUCACAAUUAAGACAAUCUAAACUUAAAGAGAAGGAAGAAAUACAAAAUUCUAAAAAUGAUAAAGAUCCAGAUAAUAAUAAGAAAAAAAGAAGUAAAAAGAAUCAAAAGAAAAAAGAAAAAAUAACGGUUAAGAAAAGUAAUAGAAAAUCUAUGAAGGAAAGUAAAAGGAAAUCUAUGAAGGAAAGCAAAAAGAAAUCUACAAAGCAGAAGAAGAAUGGAGGAGACAAAAAGGGGAGUAAAAAAGGCAACAAAGGGAAACGACAAAAAAAGAACAAAAACACUAAAAAGAUUAAGGGGAAAAAAACUAGAAAAACUGGAACUUAUAAAAAUGCUGGCAUCUCGAAACAGGAUACUUGUUACGAUGACUUGUUGGCAAAAACCAAAAAGUUUGUUCUCUACUUUUACCAAUCCCAAAAACUGAACAGAAUCACAAGCUGGGUUAAGUUGGCACAGAACAAGAAAGCCAAGGCUCUUUCAACAUUUUCCCCUGCUCGUGAUGCCCUGGGAACCUCGACCAACCAAGGGACAUCUUGUGCUGGAAACUCUAGCGCCUUAGGUGCAGCCAACACUACUUACAACACCCUGGUCUCCUGUAACACCACAGCAUCUACAAUAUGUGAUGUUUCCCUAAACGCUACUUCUGACACUCUUGUAACUAGUUGCACAACUGCCCUGGCUACCUACAUCGCUGAUUUUAGGGCCUGUCUGAAGACUGGGGCAUGUUCAUGUUUCCAAGGUUUAGAGGAGGCAGGUGCAGAAUGUGAGAACUUCUUAACCCUUGAGAAUCAAAUCAAAGCGGAGAAAAAUGAUUGCAUAAAUCCAGAUAAGACGGGUUCUUUUGGAAACUGUCGCCAAGAAGAAAGAUUAGCUACCACUUUCACGGUAGUAUGUUGCGCUUCCCAUGCUGUUACAACACAGGCUCCUGGACGACGUCAUAUGAGGCUGAACCUAAACAAGUUAUUCCACAACUAAUAUUUUUCCUGGCUAAAAAGGCUUGAAGAAUGAAGACCGACAAGUAGACAACGGAUCAUAGAUAAGAAAACACAUAACUCUGCAUAUAAGAGAUUGCAAUUACAAUGUUUAAAUUACUAUGCUCUUACUUCGUAUCAUGAUAAUGAAUUUAACUGAUGCAUCAUGUGACUAACGACAAAACUGAAAAAUAAAUUCCGCAGCAUAUUUU